AUGCGCAGCACAACACCCCUCGCACUGCUGCUCGCAGCCAGAGGCACCUACGCCGUCGAGCAACCCCAACACCACAGCCGGCCCGAGUGCGUGCAGGCGCGCAGCGCCGAGCUAGCCGACGCCGCAGCGUGCGGCGACCGUGGGUCGCUCAACUACUGCUUCUCGAGCCUGUCCCAAACACUCACGCCGCGCGGCGUCGCGCUGGUGCCGGCCGUGGAGCGGUGCUUCGUGGCGGCAGGGUGCACGGGGGCUGAGGCGGCGAUUGAGGCGCAGUGGGUGGUGCGCGUGUGCGACGACAGCGACAAGACCUCCCCAUCGCAGGUGGAGGCUGAUCUCCGGCGACGCCGCAGCGCUGCUCGCGCCGCCGCCGCGGGCAUGCCGGUGCUGCGCGAGGCAGGGCUGCCGACGCUGCUCGCUGCACGGCAGGCCGCUGCCGGCCCGACAACAGCCGCGCCGGCCAUCGCCAACAACAGCCCGACGGGCAGCCCGUCACCAUGCUCGACGGAGACGGUUAUCGACACGACGUCGUGCCCGGUGCAGUCGACAGGCGACGGCGCGGGCAAGAAGCUGGCGUGCUUUCCGGCGAAAGCGACCAUGCAGGUGUGCCGCGAGGGCCUGAUUUGCCAGUUCGACAAGGCCGGAGCCGGGUCUUGCAUGUACAAGCAGACGUCUUUAGGCUUGGCGGGGAUCAUCAUCGCCAUCAUCUUCGCCGUGGCGGUGGCCGCGUCCGUGUUCGGCGUGUGCUUCCUGUGCUGCAAGGAGCGGCGCGUGCAGAAGCGCCUCGAGCGCGCCGCCGACGAGGCCCGCAUCGUGAAAGAGGCCAAGACGUCGGCCAUGGUGGCGCGCAAGAAGUCGUUUGGCGCUGGCGGUAGUGCCGAGGCGGCGGCUGCUGCCGAGGACGGCCUCGACAGGCAGCCCCUAAUGGCCGCCGCGUCGGACCUGCCCCCCCUACCGCCCAUGCCGCAGCAGUAUACCGACGACGCGGGCUAUCAAUCGCAGUCGCGGUCGCAGAAGCAGCAGCAGUACGCGCAGCAGCAGGACUUUGGAGGGUCCGAGAACCCGUUUGCUGACUCGCGCGACGCGCAUCCGCUGAGGUGA